AGUCAUCAGUGAUUCUAUGGAAUUUAAGUUUUUUAUUAUAACUAAAAGGUUUUCUUAAAAAAUGAUAGUUUAAGAAGGAUAUAUAUCUUUUGUGGCGAUAAAUUAGUUUGACACGGUUUACACACUAAUUAUCUACUUUCUCAGAACAAAAUUGAAUAGUAAUUCAAAUGUCUUUACCACCGGUUGACUAUACUUUUCCACCUCCGCAGUUAUUUGUACCUCCACCGCCAGUUACGUCUAUAUUAGGACAACCGCCACCUAUCACUGAGACGCCAUCACAACCGAUCUUUAAUUAUCCUCCCCCAACUUUAAGACCUCCUCCUCCGCCUUCCUAUCCUAUUGAUAUGCUACCUCCUCCUUAUGUCCCACCACCACCACCCAGCUUCCCACCCCCAGCAUAUGUACCUCCUUACCCACCUGGCUACCAUAGCAAUGAUUAUUACUAUCACCAAGCAACAACCACUGAAAAUCAAUAUUCUCAAGAUUGGAAAGCAGAAGAAAUGAGCACAGAAAAAUCACCUCUCAGAUCUUUAGAAUUUAAAAAUCCACUAAACAAAUAUGAGUAUAGUUCAAGAGAAAGUUCAAGGUCUUAUUAUAGUCCAAGAAGAGAGAGAAGCCAUGAACGUGAAAGACGAUACAGAAGUAGAUCUAUACGCAGCCGUUCCCGUAGUCCCAGUUAUCGAAGUUCCAGAGGUGGUGAGGAGAGAUAUUCUAGAUCACGAGAUGAUGGAAGAGACUAUGACAAUAGAAGAUACAGAAGUGAGCGUCGCAGCUGUGAACGAGAUCAUAGGUCAUAUAGCAGGAGUGAAAGAGAUAGAUAUGAGGACAGACAUAGACAUUCAUCAUAUAGAAGCCGGGAACGAUCUAGUUGCUCAUAUCGAUCAUCUAGUCAUCGGCCAUUGACUGACAGGGAGAAAAUUUUAGAAGACUAUAGAAAAAACUAUUGUAAAACAUCAGAUGACUUUAUAAAAAAAAUGGAGAAGUGGUCUAAAGAACACAAUUCAGAUGAAGAAGAGAACUCAAAAAUGUGGUAUAGAAGUUCACCAGCUGAGUUAUACUAUAAACCAAUAAAUGGUGGUGAAGGUGUGGAACAAACUCGUAAACUAGAGAAAAUUUGCCAAAAUUCCUACAAAUAUCUUAUACAUAGAGGUCAAAAAGCACGACCUGAGGUGGAUGAGUUGCCUCCACUGAAACCGCAAAAGGCUAAGAGGUGUAAACAUUCUGAUGAUGAUAGCUCAUCAUCAUCAUCUUCUGAAGAGGAGGAUUGUCUAGAUGAAGAGAAUCUACAAGGGUAUACUGAUAGAAUGAUGUUAGAGCUACAAAGGAAGCAAAGUCACCCAAGAAGAUUGCAUCCAGAAUUAUGGUUCAAUAAUACGGGCGAAAUGAAUGGUGGCCCAUUAUGUAGGUGUAGCGCGAGAGCACGGCGUUACGGUAUAAGACAUGGAGUGUACGCUGCCGAAAAGCAGUUUCCCAAAUGUGUGCCCACACAGAGUAAUAUUGAUAAGCUAUAUCACUAUCGAAUAACAGUGUCGCCUCCAACAAAUUUCCUCAUAAAAUCACCGACGAUCAUAAGUCACGAUGAGCACGAGUUCCUAUUUUCUGGCUUUUCUAUGUUUUCCCAUUAUAAACUGGCGAAGUUACCCACGUGUAAAGUAAUAAGGUUCAAUAUUGAAUACACUAUUUUAUAUAUCGAAGAGCCGGCCCCGAAGAAUUUCACUGUUCAGGAGUUGGAUCUGUUUGAGGAGUAUUUGUUCAAAGAAUUAUUGGAAUUAGUCGAUUUGGAUCUCGGUAAAGGAACUGACACGAAUUGUUCACAAUUUCACUUUAUGCCGAGAUUUGUGCGGUAUUUGCCGGAGGGUGGUUGUGAGGUUUUGUCAAUGUGUGAAGUACUGAGAUAUUUGAUAGAGGAAAGCAAUUUAUUAAUUCCACCAGAAUCGCUCGAAGACGUACAUAGAAUGGAUCAUUAUCAUUGGCAGAAGUUCGUUGAUAAGAUUAAAGGAAUGAUAGUGACUUACCCGGGUAGAAAACCCUGUUCGGUCCGCGUGGAUCAAAUAGACCGAAGUCCACCCUUUGACUGCAAGGACCCUGAGGACGUUAAGAAGUUUUACCCAGAAAUCGUUCAUUUCGGAAUAAGACCCCCACAAUUGAGUUACGCUGGGAAUCCUGAGUACCAAAAAGCAUGGCGUUACUACGUCAAAUACCGCCACUUAAUAGCGAAUAUGGCUAAGCCAUCUUUCAAUGAAAGGCAAAAGCUCGCAGCAAAAGAAGCGAAAUUGCAAGAAAUGAGGACUCAAAGUAAAAUGAAGCGUGACGUCACUGUAGCUAUAUCCUCUGAAGGAUUCCAUACCACGGGACUAAUGUGUGAUGUUGUACAGCACGCCAUGUUGAUACCGGUACUCGUCCGUCAUUUACGAUUCCACAAAUCGUUGGACAGCCUAGAAGAAAUAAUAGGGUACAAGUUCAAUCAACGCGCCUUGCUCCAAACGGCGUUAACUCAUCCAUCGUAUAGGGAGAACUUUGGGACUAAUCCAGAUCAUGCGAGGAACACCUUAACAAAUUGUGGUAUACGUCAACCGGAAUAUGGAGAUCGUAGGAUACAUUAUACUAGGAAGAAAGGAAUCGUGACACUUAUUAACAUAAUGUCGCGUUUUGGCAAAAGCAAUGAGACAGAAUCGGAGAUCAAACAUAACGAACGUCUGGAAUUCUUAGGAGAUGCAGUUGUAGAAUUCAUAUCUUCUAUUCAUUUAUUUAAAAUGUUCCCGGGAUUAUCUGAAGGAGGACUGGCUACUUAUAGAGCUGCCAUCGUACAAAAUCAACAUUUAGCGCUUUUGGCUAAGAACAUGGGCCUAGAGCAAUACAUGUUAUACGCCCACGGUUCCGACUUAUGUCGUGAAGUGGUAAUGCGUCACGCGAUGGCCAAUUGCUUUGAGGCGCUCAUGGGCGGGUUGUUUCUCGAUGCUGGCUUAGAGGUAACAGACCGCGUAUUCGCUCAAGCUCUGUGGCACAACGAGCCCAAUUUAUAUGAAAUAUGGAUGAAGGAGCGGGCCCACUCGUUGCAAGAACAGGAGCCAUUAGGAGAUCGACAAUACAUCAAGGACUUUGAAUUUCUACAGAAAUUAACUGUUUUUGAGGAAUCUAUAGGUGUGAAGUUCAAACACAUCCGUCUCCUAGCCCGAUCCUUCACAGACCGUUCUGUUGGUUUUACGAAUCUUACCCUGGGCUCCAAUCAGCGUUUGGAGUUCCUCGGAGACACUGUACUCCAAUUGGUCGUGUCUGAUAAGCUCUAUCGCCAUUUUCCCGAUCAUCACGAGGGGCACUUGUCUCUACUCCGGUCGUCUCUAGUCAACAACCGCACCCAAGCGAUGGUUUGUGAUGAUUUAAAUAUGUCGGAAUACGCGAUUUACAACAAUCCCAAAGCCAAACCAACGGCUAAGAAGCACAAAGCUGACUUGUUAGAGGCAUUUCUUGGGGCACUUUAUAUUGAUAAGAAUUUGGAGUAUUGCCAGGUGUUCUGCGAUGCGUGUCUGUUCCCUCGCCUUCAGGAGUUCAUAAUGAACCAAGGCUGGAACGACCCCAAGUCGAAACUCCAGCAGUGCUGUCUCACUCUGCGAUCUAUGAAGGGAGGGGAACCGGAUAUACCAUUCUACAAGGUGAUCGAAUGCCUCGGCCCAACAAACACACGCGUAUACACAGUGGGCGUGUACUUCCGCGGUCGAAGACUGGCGGCGGGACGUGGCCACUCCAUACAAGAGGCCGAAAUGAACGCGGCUAAAGAGGCAUUAAGCUGUGCUCACGAAUUAUUCCCACAAUUGGACCAUCAAAAGCGCGUAAUUGCUAAAAGCAUGCAGCUUAAAAAGAAGCGUCAAAAACCCGACUUAUUCAUUAAAGCUGAGGAAGACGUACCAAAAGCAUAUAGAUCUGACAACAAAUUGGAAGAUAGUUCAUCAGAAGAACCGGCUUCAGAUACGGAAGCACCGAAAUCCGAUGACGAUAAAUCUGAUGAUGAUAAAUCUGACGAGGAAAAAUCUGAUGAUGAAAAUGAGAACGCUGUUGAAGAUUCCUGUCUGGACAGUGAUGAAAAUACAGAUAAGUAUGAGAACGUUCAAGUGAGCAGUCUUUUAAGUGAUAUGGAGAAGCUCAAACAAGAUUUAAUAGAUAGAAAUGAAUAUGACAAGUUAAAGGAGAAAAUGUCUAAGAAGUCUGAUUCAGACUCAGAUUAAUCACUAGGCUAGAAAUUUCGACCAUUUAUUGUGUAUCAUUAAACUAUAGAUUUUCUUUUUAUUUCGCAACAAUAGUUGUAGUUUAGUAGUCUAUGUUAGUAUGUAGUUUUGUUCAUUAUUUUCAUAUUAUUCAUAAAAAGAUUAAUCAAUUUUCAUCAGUUUAACUCGCUUGUCUCUGUUCAUCACAUUGUAAAGAUAUUGUGAUAGAAAGAGACGCAAGACGAAUUCACGCUGGGGAUUCAAUAAAAAAAUGUAUUUGUCAUAUUUAGGACAGGUCAAAAUUUUCUUCAAACACAUCUUGGAGUUUCGUUACGUUUAUUGCUAGUCAUAGAAGAACCGAAUUGUGACGGUUUAAGUUUGCCCUUGUUCAUAAAAAUUAGACUCACUCGUCUCUUUCUGUCAAAUUAUGCUUAUUCUGUGAUAAAAAGAGACAGUAUUGUAAUGAAUUGUGGAAAUAUAUGAUUACGGCGUAAUCUUUUAUUUAUAAAUCAAUGAGUUUAAAUUUUGCUGAAGUCUGUUACUUUUGCUGUAGAUAAAAUCAAUUACCUAUUUUAAGGCCUAAUUUACUUGUAUACUUCACUAAAUACAAUAUUUUAGUCUAACGUUUUAACUAGUCACCUGUCUCUUUUCAUCAGAGCGUAAGCACAAUAUGGUGGAAAGAGACAAAAGAGCGAAGUUAGGUAAUGAUUUCAAAUAGGCUUAGUUUUUAUGACUUCGGGGAAUAGGGCGUAAGUUGCAUAAAACUGUGAUAGGUCUAAGUUUGGAUUUUAGGUUAUUUUUUAUCAAUUUGUGUAUGAUGGCAUCAUAGCAAGAUAAUAAAUACUUGGAUUUUGACUGACGGUCAACUCGAACUGAGUUUUAAUAUAUUCAGUUUGAGUUAACGUGACCUGAAGUUAAGUUCAGGUUUUCUGAAGUUGAACUGGUUUUCGACGGAUUUUCGGGAUUUUCGUGUUGGAGCGUACUAUGUGUUUUACAUACGACGCUCCAUAACGAAUUGCUUCAGUACGAAGACGACGAACAAUUAGUGUGUAAAUGAUGACUAAUCAAGUUUGUAUGCAUAUGAACUUUAAUUAUUUUAAUAGACUUGUAAACGGUGUUUGAAUUGAUUAAAUAUAUUUAACUUUCUGGA